UUGUGACUUUCAACUUUCGCAACAAACACCAGAAGUAUUGUCUUCUCACCGGAUCACCUCUCGCUAUCUGCGACUCGCAACUGCUAUUAUGGAUCCCAACCCAGACACCCCUCACAAUCCUCCCGCGUCACCAGGUCUCUUCCGCUACGUCCUCGGUUUCCUACUCGUCGGCGCAGCAUGGGGCUUAACAACACCCUUCAUGCGCCGCGCCGCUGUCGCCUCCUCUUCUAUCUCAAAACCAGAAUCUCGUUCCUGGCUCGAUCACCCAAACACUCCUUGGGUAAAAGCCAAAGUCUGGAGCAUAUUGUAUGGUGUUUGGGAUGUACUUAGAAAUCCUGCUUAUGCGGUACCUUUGGUGAUUAAUUUGACCGGGAGUGUGUGGUUUUUCUUGUUGAUUGGACAGGCUGAAUUGAGUCUUACAGUGCCGAUUACAAAUUCUUUGGCUUUUCUGUUUACGGUGUUGGGAGAAUGGUGGGCCGAGAAGAAGGUCAUCACGAAAGAUACAUGGAUAGGCAUGGCGCUCGUCCUCGGAGGCAUCGGUCUCUGCGUUCACUCCAAGAACAAUUGAUCAGUUGCAGCAUCAAAGACUUGCGUUUUAUAGCAUAGCAGUUCUAGCCAGUGUUCUACAAAAAAGCUUCUUGUAUCCUGGUUCCACCAUCAUUCACCCCCUCCUUCCAUCUAUCAUAAACGCCCCCCUCACAAUCCUGCGUAUCCUUCUCAAUAGCCUCAAACCCAGGAUGCGCCGAAUCCACCAACAUCAUAGUUUCCUCAACAACCUCCAAACCAACUUUAGUCCCCCUCGCCGUAACAUUCUCUUCCUCAAUCUCUGCAUCUCCACUGUGAUAUAAGUAUACCCAAUCUUUACCCUCUGUCUCG